AUGACCUCCUCAGAACACACUGGAAACGAAGCUGCACCAGGCCAACCCGCUCACAGACAAACAAUUGUCGUAGGGAUAUCUGGACCAUCGUCGAGCGGGAAAACGACCCUUGCCCGCCUACUUCGGACUGUGUUCACACCAGAUUCAAAACUUGGAGGCGGCGCUGGGAAUGCAGUUUCGGGAGCAAUUGAGAACAAGGAGGCGGAGAGAGCGGACAGGGACAGGGUUAAGGAUAAAGAAGCCCUGAUGGUGUUUAUCGUCCAUGAAGAUGAUUUUUAUAAACCAGAUGAUCAAAUACCAAUGACAACCACCUCAUCGGGAAAACGUGUGCAGGACUGGGAUACCAUCGACGCACUUGACAUUCGACAACUGGUGUCUGUACUCUCCUACGUACGCUCCCAUGGCAUUCUACCACCCCGGUUAAAAAGCAAAGAGGACCUCAAUGAAGUUACAGAUUCGGAUGUUGGAGAGGACACGAUUCGUCGCAUUCAAGAUGACGUUGCGCGGAGGAUGGAAUGCAUACUCUCAACAAAAUCUGGGAACAAUUCAUUGCCCUUAUCACUCGCGUUUCUAGAAGGAUUUCUGCUCUACGCGCCACCGGAUGAUGAGGAACAUCCCCUUCGGGCCGUGCAUGAUAAUAUACAUGUGCCCUUGUUUCUGCCUGCUACGUACUCUUUACUGAAGGAGCGGCGGGAGAGUAGAACGGGAUAUGUUACUAUUGGCCCUGCACCUACGCCGAAGUCGGAUGAAGAUAGUAAUAAUAAAGAUGGAUCUACAAAGUCAAGUCCAGAUGUCAUUGGAGAUAUUGAAAACGAUGAGCCCAUGCCACACCAGAAUUUCUGGACGGAUCCACCCGGGUACGUUGAUGAUAUCGUUUGGCCGCGGUAUAUAGCCGACCAUCGGUGGCUCUUGCUUCGUGACCCGGGUGUGGAGAGGAGUGAGAAUGAAUUGAAAAAGGCUGUAGGAGAAGGCGAGUAUAUCAAGGAGGAUGCUGGAGUUUUGGUGGCGCCAGGAAAAGGAGGGGCUGAUAUCACGGAGUUGUUGGAGUGGGCCGUGAGAGAGGUGUUGAGUGUGGUUGAGCGGGAGGUGAGGGCACCUAAAUAUUUAAGGAAAAGGGGCAACGCCGACAAGUUGAACCAACGAAAAUCUUCAUCAGCUCGUAUUGAGAAGACCAGAAUCGGAGGUGAUGACCAACGACAACCGCGUUUCUCAAUUUUCCAAGGCUGUUCAUUUUUUUUAUUUUAUAUUUUGCAAAGUUUUCAUUUCUCUCCAUCAUUAUCAUUCAAAAUGGGUACACCGCGAAAUCUCUCACUACAAACAGCCGCAACACUGAUUCUACUACUUUUCAGCAAUCAGAUCCACGCUCAGCAGGAAGAUAGGCGCCCUCUCUCCUCCCCUGAUGUAGGAUGGCGAAUCACGACCGUAUCUGGGAGCAAGUCUGCUAUGCGCGUGGUCUGUGAUCAUGAAGACACCUUCACGAAGUCGGGUAGCUAUUACACUUGCUGCCCAGCAUCUGCGACGACUCCCUGUUUGCUCCCGACAACUUGUUCUGGCAACACCCUUCUAUUCCCAGGGGCCAAGACGCGGGACUGUAAGAACAAUAUAUGCGCAUCGCUUCUUAUAUACGAAAGCGCACCAUCUCAAAAUCUGCUCGGAACGCAGCUGGUCUGCAGGUAUGAUCAGCUCGGGGAUAACACUCCGUGGAGUGUGUAUAGGAAUUUUCCAGACACUACUACAUCUGCUACCCAAUCCACAAAGACGAACGCAUCACCCGCUCCCACAGCCAGACCACCAAUCAUGACAGACCCAGGCAACCCCCCCGAAACCCCAUCCACCAGUAGCAGCAAUAAGAUCUGGAUAGCUGGCGUGGUCGUUGGGGUAAUAGCCCUUGGCUGCCUUAUUGGGUUGCUGGGCUUCUGCAUUGCCCGUCGCAGAUUACAAAAACGGCCGACAUUAUCCAAAGACGAUGACAUGGUUCCUGUUAACACGCCCUCUGUUGAUGAUAAGGAUUAUAUGUAUAAAGCUUACCAGGGAGCGGAGCUACAUAACCACGAUCGAGCGGAACUUCAUUUUGACCAGAGACCGGUGGAACUAAGUCAUUACGGGAGUAAUGUGGUCGAAAUGCCGACACAGCAUGAUCGGCACUUUGUGGCGGAAUUAGACGGGGCGCCGGUACGGCGGUGA